AUGGAAAAUCUCAAGGAAGCUAAUUUAAUCUGCGCACAUUUCCGUUUUCAGCCUGCCGAGAUAAACGUGAUGGAAGCGUUCGACCGGGGCACCGUCAAACGGUCGUCGUCGCCGUCGGCGGUGAUCAAGAUGGAGGCGGCCGAACGACCUUUCGAGUCGGCCAACACGGUAGCCGAUUCCGGCGUGAUCGUCAAGCGAGAAAAGCUGUCACCCAUACGCAUAUCCGAGUACAUACCCGAGACGAAGGCGGCCGCCGAACAGCCGGCGAACGGCGGCGGUCCGGUGUCCGGCAGCGUCAAGAUCGAGGAAGAGAUCAGGACCAACGAGCCGAUCGCCAACAACGUGGACGUGCCGAUCGACGAGAUACUGUCCAACUCGAAGAAGAGCAACCACAUGCCCAAGUACGUGAUCCGACCGGUGCCGAAGUUGGACACGGAGGAGACGGACAAGGAGCCGCGCCGGCGGUGUUCCACGCUGGUGCACGUGUUCAAGUUCCUGUCGGCCGAAGACCUGAAACACUGUUCGCUGGUGUGCAAAGACUGGUACACGGCCACCAUCAGCCCGGCACUCUGGAACCGCAUGGAUCUAACCGAGACCGUAAUCACCCCGAAGCUGGUCAAGUACGUCAUGGUCAGACAGCCUAAAGUGCUGAUUCUGGAUUGGUGCAAGAUCACUAAAGAACAACUCUCGUGGCUGCUUGUUCGAUUGCCACAGAGCAAGGCGCUGUCGCUGCAGGGCUGCCCUUGGUCCACGGUGUCGUGCCUUCGAUCGUGCGUGUGCCCAAUGCUGACGUCGUUGAACCUGAGCUUCGUGCCCACCAUGGACGACGCGGCUCUGCAGCACAUCCUGUCACCGCCGCUGGACCACCGACCCGGGCUGCUCGACUUGGCCUGUCGGCUGUCCAAUCUCAAGUCGCUGAAGCUGGCUGGCAGCAAUAUCACCGACGUGGGCGUCCAGAUCAUCGUCCGGGUGUUACCCAAGCUGUCCAUGCUCGAUCUGUCCCAGUGCUACCCGAUCACCGACAACGGUGUAGAGUCGUUGACCCAGAUAAGCGGCCUAUCCACUUUGCAGCUAUCCGGCUGCACGGGCAUCAGUGAACAGUCUCUAAAGAUGCUCGGCAAGUGCAAGAGCCUUACAUACCUGGACCUCAGACACACGAAGCUUACCAAGUCGUCCAUCAACAAGUUUGUGUCCAACCGGGAGGGGUUCAAGGCCUUCGACUCGAAGCUUAUCGUAAAGAUUGACAAAUCCUGA